AUGUUUGCUAUUCAUUUGCCGUCGGUUGGGACUUCAGGCAGUCCAAAACAUCGAGCGGGCGGUUGGGUAGAAUUGAAGGGCGUCGUUGAUAGUCAGGGUUGGUCGCUCGAGGAGAUGAAGCCAAAUCAAUCCUUUCUCGCCCAUUCUGUUGCCUCAGAUAUAUGGUGUCUUUCCGAACUUGAAUGGAAAGAAUUUUGGCUUCCACUUCAGUGCAAACAAGCGGCCAUUGUUAAGUAG